GUUAGCACUUUCGACCAUCUCCGCUCUCUGCCUAUUCUUCUCCUCCUCCUCCUCCUCCUCUUCUGACUCUGAGCAUCUAUCUCUCUCGCUCGCUCGCUCGCUUUCUCGCUGUGGGUUUGUAGCUGAGGACGCAAGCGAUGCAGGCUAUUUCGAGGCGUUUAGGGGGCCAAUCCCUCAAGACCUCUUCGCCUUCAACCUUGUCACUCAAGUCCAUCUACCCUGUCUCCGACCACUGCUACGGAGCUGAUCAUCCGCGCUACGGAUCUAGUUUGGCCACUAAGGGUGUGGGGCACCUCAUUCGCAAGGGCACGGGUGGAAGAUCAUCUGUUAGUGGCCUUGUUGCUACGGUCUUUGGAGCUACAGGCUUCCUUGGUCGCUAUGUUGUGCAACAACUUGCUAAAAUGGGAUCUCAAGUAUUAGUUCCUUUCCGAGGUUCUGAGGAUUCCCAUCGCCACCUCAAGUUGAUGGGUGAUUUGGGACAGAUUGUACCAAUGAAAUACAACCCAAGGGAUGAAAAUUCCAUCAAGGCUGUAAUGGCGAAGGCUAAUGUUGUUCUCAAUCUGAUUGGAAGGGAGUACGAGACAAGAAACUUCAGCUUUGAGGAAGUGAACUAUUCCAUGGCUGAACAACUUGCAACGAUUGCCAAAGAACAUGGUGGUAUCAUGAGAUUCAUUCAAGUUUCUUGCUUAGGGGCAUCUCCAUCUUCUCCAUCUAGAUUGCUAAAAGCUAAAGCUGCAGCAGAGGAAGCUGUUUUGAGGGAAUUACCAGAGGCCACAAUUAUGAGACCUGCUGCAAUGAUUGGUACUGAGGAUAGGCUUUUGAAUCAAUGGUCAUUCUUUGUAAAAAAAUAUGGCUUCCUUCCACUCAUUGGGGAUGGAUCUACCAAAAUCCAACCUGUAUAUGUUGUUGAUGUUGCUGGUGCAAUUGUUGCGGCCUUGAAAGAUGAUGGCACGAGCAUGGGAAAAAUUUAUGAGCUUGGUGGACCUGAGGUCCUUACUACACAUGAAUUGGCAGAACUUAUGUACGACAUGAUUCGGGAAUGGCCUCGCUAUGUCAAAGUUCCUUUCCCUCUUGCCAAGGCUCUUGCAAUGCCACGAGAAAUACUUCUUAACAAAGUUCCCUUUCCAUUACCCAAUCCUGAAAUUUUCAACCUGGAUCAGAUCCUUGCAUUAACUGCAGAUACAGUCGUGUCAGAGAAUGCUUUGACUUUCAAUGAUCUUGGGAUUGUGCCUCAUAAGCUGAAAGGGUACCCUGUUGAGUACCUUAUCCAGUAUCGUAAGGGCGGCCCCCAAUUUGGCUCUACGGUCAGUGAAAAAGUCUCUCCUGAUGCAUGGCCAUGAGGUUCUAUGGGUUUCUAUCCUAAAUGUUUUUAGUUCGUCUGGUUGAAAACAUUGAGACAGGCUUGUAGUGCCUCCAAUUUCGUUUAGCAAAUUGAAAGAGAUUUUUGAUUGAAUGACUGCUGUAUCUUUCAUUCAGGAUGUAGAAUUCACAUCUGAGAUAAAAAUUAUGAUUAAUAAAAGUCAAGAUACUUCGUCUCUA